AUGACCAGGUUUGCCGAAGCAAACUACGUCAAAGACCUACCAGAAAUAUUCCAACAACUUCUAAAAUACAAUAUGAAGCUUAACCCUGAUAAAUGUGCUUUCGGAGUACAAAGUGGCAAGUUCCUCGGCUUCAUACUCACUUGCCGAGGUAUAGAGGCAAAUCUAGAGAAGUGUCGGGCAGUCUUGAACAUGCGAAGUCCAAAGACAGUCAAGGAGAUCCAUCAACUAACCGGCCGACUGGCAGCCCUAGCCCGAUUUCUGCCUCGGAUAGCCCACAGAUCACACCAUUUUUUCAAAAAUCUAAGAAAACAACAGGAGUUUCACUGGACCGAGGAAUGCGAAAAAGCUUUCACCGAGCUCAAGGCCAUACUUUCAGCUCCCCCAAUCCUCCAAACUCCAGAAGUAGGUAAACCAUUCUAUCUAUAUUUAUCUAUUACUGACCAUGCUAUCAGUUUUGUCUUAGUAACAGAAGCAGAAAAGCAGCAACACUCAGUAUACUUUGUCAGUAAAUCACUACAAAAUGCCGAGAUCUGUUACCCAAAAUUAGAGAAACUAGCUCUAGCCCUGGUCACAACAGCUAGACGCCUACGACACUACUUCCAAAGUCACACCAUCGUGGUCCGAAUAGAACAACUUUUAAGACAAAUACUGACGAAGCCCGAGCUAGCAAGAAGGCUAAUCAAAUGGUCGAUCGAGCUGUCAGAAUACGACAUUCAAUACCAAUCCAGAGGAGCCAUCAAAUCCCAAGCACUAGCCGACUUCAUUGCAGAACUCACUGCAGAGGAACAAGAUCCUAAAAACAACACAUGGACACUAUACGUCGACGGAGCCUCAAACAGCAAAGGCUCCGGAGCAGGAAUACUCCUCGAAGACAAACACGGGGCGCAAUUCGAGCAAUCCCUGCAAUUUACUUUUCAUGCAAGCAACAACCAAGCAGAGUACGAAACUCUAAUUGCAGGACUCCGACUAGCUCAAACAAUGGGAAUAACAUAUUUAAACGUCAAGUGCGACUCUCUGCUGGUAGUACAACAGGUAACAGGUAUUUUCCAGGUAAAAGACCCGUUGCUAGAAAAAUACAAUGUCAUCGUCAGCAACCUCGUCAAAAAUGUUCAAAAAUUCAACAUAUCUCAUAUACCUCGGGAACAGAAUGACAGAGCAGAUAUUUUCUCAAAACUAGCAACAAUAAGAAGUCAAACUACACCAUCCAUUUUAUCCCAACUAACACUCGAAGAACCUAGUGUUAUACUAACAUCAAUAUCGAGUAUUUCGCAGGAAGAUGACUGGAGAUCACCCUUCAUCACUUACUUGCAAACAGGGAACAUCCCUAGCAACGUCCAAAAUCAACGAAAGUUCAAACGAAGAGCAAGUUUCUACACAAUGCUCGAAGCCGACUUAUACAAAAGAGGAUUCACAAGACCCCUGCUAAGAUGCUUAAACACAGCAGAGGCCAAAUUGACAAUAGAUGAAGUCCAUAAAGGAGUUUGUGGUACACACAUCGGCGGCCGAAGUCUAGCUGCCAAGAUCCUCCGAGUUGGUUACUACUGGCCGACGUUACAACAAGACUGCAUGAAUAAAGUCAAACAUUGCGACCACUGCCAACGCCACGCACCGAUCAUUCAUACCCCGGCUGAACAACUACAUGCAUCCGACAUAUGCUGGCCAUUCAACAAAUGGGGGCUAGAUAUCCUCGGACCAUUCCCACCCGCUCCAGGCCAGGUUAAGUUUUUAAUUGUCGCCAUAGAUUACUUCACAAAAUGGAUAGAGGCUACACCACUGGCAAAAAUCACUUCUGAAAAAAUGAUUUCUUUCGUAUGA